AGUAGCAAUAGUAGUAGUAGUAGGUGAAUUUGAAUUGAAAUUAGUAAUCUAUAAAGUCUUCUUCCUCUCUCUCCCUCCUCGUGACCUUUAGAAACCGAGUUAAUAUAACCAAAAACUUUAUAUUAUAAAGUCUUCUUCUCAUUUUCUUUAAAAAACCAUUCCAUCUCUCAUUCCAAACCAAAAGCAAGAACAAGAAGAAGAAGAAGAAGAAAAGAAACACAAAUCAACAAUGGCGGUGAAGAAGAAAGUUUCAUGGAGAUCAUUAAUCGUUGGAUGUUUAGGAGAUCCAGAAACCCUAAUGGCUUCUUCAAAGAAACCUAAAAGAAAAGAUGACGUCAUCAAGAAACAGAGCUCUUUUCAAAGACUAUCGAUUCUUGAUAUGAGCAAUCCAAGUUCCAACACUUUAUCAGAAGAUCUAUCGAUUUCUUUGGCCGGAUCAGAUCUUCAUGUGUUUACCUUAGCUGAGCUUAAAGUCAUUACACAAAGCUUUUCAUCGACAAAUUUCCUCGGUGAAGGAGGGUUUGGUCCUGUUCAUAAGGGUUUCAUCGAUGAUAAGCUACGUCCUGGUCUUAAAGCUCAGCCUGUUGCUGUUAAAUUGCUUGAUCUUGAAGGUCUUCAAGGUCACCGUGAAUGGCUGACGGAAGUUAUGUUUUUAGGACAAUUGAAGCACAAAAAUUUGGUGAAAUUGAUUGGUUAUUGUUGUGAGGAAGAACAUAGAACUCUUGUUUAUGAGUUCAUGCCUCGUGGAAGCUUAGAGAAUCAACUAUUCAGAAGAUACUCUGCCUCGCUUCCAUGGUCAACAAGAAUGAAGAUCGCUCAUGGAGCUGCAACAGGACUUCAAUUCUUACACGAAGCCGAAAAUCCCGUUAUCUAUCGGGAUUUCAAAGCCUCGAAUAUCUUGUUAGAUUCGGAUUACACGGCGAAACUUUCUGACUUCGGGUUAGCCAAAGACGGACCAGAAGGAGACGAUACUCACGUGUCAACGCGAGUGAUGGGCACACAAGGCUACGCGGCUCCUGAAUACAUCAUGACCGGUCAUUUAACAGCAAGAAGUGACGUGUACAGCUUCGGAGUCGUGUUGCUCGAGCUUUUGACUGGACGGAGAUCAGUAGACAAAAAGAGAUCAUCGAGGGAACAGAACUUAGUGGACUGGGCUCGUCCAAUGCUCAAUGACCCACGUAAACUAUGUCGAAUCAUGGACCCGAGACUUGAAGGUCAGUACUCAGAGACAGGAGCAAGAAAAGCAGCAACAUUGGCUUACCAAUGUUUAAGCCACCGACCCAAGAACCGGCCUUGUAUGAGUGCCGUCGUCUCUAUACUCAAUGAUCUUAAAGACUACAAUGAUAUUCCUAUGGGGACAUUCACUUACACGGUGCCAAACACUCCGGACAAGUCAGUCUCGGACAAUAAAGAAGAUGAAGGUCGUGUUGGUAAUAAGCCACGUAAGAGUAGUAAUCAUCAUCAUCAACAACAAAGUAAUCAUCCCCGGUCGUCACCAUCACCAAUGGCCAAGUCUCCAUCGCCGACGACCAAGUCGCCAUCUCCCACGGCCAAGUCGCCGAGGAAUUCAAGAGAAAACCACCGGAGAACAUUGAGAAAUGGAGUGGAUUCGCCGUUGAGAAGUGAGGCAGGUGGGGAACGGUACUGAAUUUUCUAGUCUCACCUACUCUUAAAAUUCUUUUUUUUUUUAAUUAAAUCUAAUGUAAAUAAUUAAUACGUUUGUCCUUUCGUAAUGUAAAAUAUAUAAUUUUUUUUUGUGAAAAAUAUUAGAUGGUCUUUUCGUUGGGGAGAAAAAUUUGAGUUUACUUUUUUUUUAAAGUCUUUUUGUUUUGUUUUGUUCGAUCAAAUCAAAGCAAGAAGAGCGGUCCAAUGUGACAUUCUUUUGUUUAUGAACAACAUUUCGUCGUCUAAAGAAAGACGCGUUAUUCACCGCUCGUUUUUGUACUUCGUUUCCUUAAAUGGAAAAUGCCCGAUCUCUCUUUUUAAUAAA